AUGGCCUCUCAUCAUCCAACCUCCAUCGACGCAGGGAGAUACACCACCAUCGAUUUAACCCUGGAGGAUAGUGAUUCUGACACUCGUCGACAUCCGUCAGUAUCUUUCAAUCGCGCAGAGACCACUACGGCGCGUUUCGCCCCAAACUUUAUUGCUGAGCGCCCGUCAUCCACCCACGCGCCCGUCAGCCCGCCAAAGGUGAAUCGAUCUACGGCCUCCAUCACCGCCAGCCAGGACAAGCAAUCUUAUGCUGAGUCGCACCGUCCAGCGUCGUCUUCAACCGUCAAGCUGGGCCAGAAAGUGACCACGGUAACCGUCAGCCUUGACGAUGCUCACAGAAUGGCAAAGCUGUCUAGUGUGACAGCCUCCAACUUGGCACCUCGCCAGGUGACGCCAACACUUGAAAAAGAUGAUACCAAAUCAACCGAGCAGCCUAAGCAGGCCUCUCUCAAAUAUCAGACACCUAGGAAACCGGAAUGGGAUGUCGCCGCUAUUGCUCAAAAGUUAAACCAUUUUCGCCAAGAUAUCAAAGAUGGUCAUAACCGUAUGACCUCUUAUAUCAUUGAGUCCACCAAACCCAAAGAACGUCGAGUUCUUACGGGAAAUAGCCUCUUUGCCAGUCUCACUAGCAACCCUGUGCCAGCCAAGAAGGGCGAAACGAUGAGAAUCAAAUCCAAAGAACAUACUAAGCUUAAGAACAACAAACGUGAGGAUCAUUACAACAUCGUGCGCAUUCUAACAGAUGAAGAGCGUGUCCCACGGUAUCGCUUUCACCACGUGGAAAUCAAAAAGAACAUUUUGACUCCCAACACAAUGCUUACAUUCGUGCCCCACUUGAGAGAUCUUGAGACCUCGGAAGAGACCAAGUACAAUAUUUGGCUCCAAGAGCUGGAGGAUAUUGACCGCAAGUCCGGGUUCAAGCCUAUGAGCCGCGAGGAAAAAGUGCGCAUUGCUGUUCGUUCAGAAUUCGCCUCGACCGUUUCGCUCUACCUCGAGAGCUGGCUGGACAAGCUCUCACUGCCUGGUUGCAACAAAUCAACCCUCAUCCGCUACAUGGCAAGUCGUGAACCCGACGACGCAAUUACACCUCGACAAAAAUCAGACAUUCUUAAUUCCCAUCGCCCAGCCGAGUCCACCACACCACCUGAAGCAAACAGGGCCGCCGACAUGUUUACAGAAGCAUUUCAUCGCGUGUUCCACCAAGGGCAGCCUCCAAACAAACAGAUUGAGCUGCGAGAUGUUCUCCUGCUAGACGAGUCGGUUGACAGCAUUAUGGAAACCAAACCAACUGCCAAGGAUGGCUCCAGCACACAAAACGAAAAUGAACUCGAAGCCGUCGAGUACUGGCUGGGCACCUAUUCAAUCCUCGGGUGUAUUGUUUGCUUUAGUCAUUCUUGUGAACAUGGCGAAUACGAUGCCCAGAACUGCAAGCGUACCCUCUCAAUUGUCCCACGUCUCUCAGAGACCCUUAAACGACGGCGUCGCUUGACUUACGAUGAGCCUGGUACGUCCAAUGGCCUCACUUCCCCAUCACAGCUUUGCAGGCGGAACUGCUAUCGAUCAUCGCCUCGACCCGUUGCUCUCUCGAUUCAGCCUCCCUGGAAAGAAGAAGACCGUUAUAUCCUGCGGUGCAUAGCAGCUGCAGCCGAUCACAGUCAAGUCAAGAAAGACACCUUCUGUAUGGUAGCACAACUUCUUGAUCGUGAUUGCAGUGACGUUUUCAACGAACAUGAACGGAUGAACCUAUCUCUGCCCCCGCCCGAGCCAGCGACCAAAAUGUCAAUCCGGACAAUCAGUUGGUAUGAUCGAUUCAAGAAGACACUUAUCGGCGAUUGGGAAACCCACACCCAUACUCAUGAGCAUCAGCGUCGUGAACUCUCGGAGCCUUGUUCACAUGAAGGACCAUGUACUAACGAAAGUUGUAUUUGCGUUCAGAACAAUGUGCUGUGCGAAAAAUUCUGCGGCUGUACGGUGGAGACUUGCGCCUACAAAUUUACAGGUUGCGCCUGUCACUCACAAGGCAAAACAUGUCUGUCGAAACAAAAGGACAGGCCAUGCAUCUGCGUACAGCUCAACCGCGAAUGCGACCCAGACGUAUGCGGAAAGUGUGGAGUGCUGGAGAGAGCUGAUCCUGAGAAUAUGGACGACGAAGUUCUCCAUUCCACCGGCUGUCAAAAUUGUGCAUUGCAACGCAAUCAAUCUAAAAGCCUCGCUCUGGGCCAAAGUCAGCUCGAAGGAGUUGGCUAUGGACUGUUCACUGUUGAGCCUAUCGCACAAGACGAUUUCAUAAUUGAAUAUGUCGGAGAACUAAUCACUCAUGAUGAGGGAGUACGACGAGAAGCCAGACGGGGCGAUGUGUUUGAUGAAGCAUCCAACGUUUCAUACGUCUUCACCCUUUUAGAUUAUGAGGGCAUUUGGGUGGACGCUGUCACGUACGGUAACUUGAGUCGUUACAUUAACCACGCAUCGGAAAGCGAUAAGCGUGGAUGCAACAUUACGCCUCGGAUUCUCUACGUCAAUGGCGAGUAUCGCAUCAAGUUUACAGCUAUGCGUGACAUCGAAGCUGGAGAAGAAUUGUUCUUUAACUACGGCGAGAACUUCCCCAACUUGACUAAGAAACUGCUCGACCAUAAGGUGGGAGGGAAGUCUGAUCAGGGCAAAAAGCGACCGCGACGACCUACCGGAGAAGGAGUAGCGCGGAAAGCUCCCAAGACGGACAAGAAGAAGCCUGCGAAGGGGAAGAAGAGUGCCCAACUAGUGCCCGAGGAAGACCUGUUGAUGGCGGAUACGCUCGGAUUCACUCCAAAGCCAUUACGUAAACGUAAGAAGGGCGUUUUCGAAGAGGACUCAGAAGAAGAGGAAUAUCACCCGACGGGGACAGAUGCAUCACGCAUAGAAACACCCUCAGAUGGCGAGUCUGAUUUUGGCAACGGCAAGGCAGCGGCAGCCAGACUUCGGAAACGAGCACAACAGGGUGGGAAAGCACCCUCGGGGAGCCAGGGAAGCAAAUCCCGAGGAGGUGAUCCCAAGGUUCGUGGUAAGAGAGGAGGGGCCAGACCAGGAAGUGGACGGCCCAGAAAGUACCCUCGUGCCGCGCCGAAGCCCACCUCUGCCCCUACGACCGAACAAGAACAAGAAAAGGAACAAACAGCAGCGUCGGCCUCAGAAGAGCGUGAGGAGCACGAGGAGCACGAGGACAAGGUGGAGGGCCAAAUCGUGGUGCCAGACACCAUCGUGCCAGGAAGUGUACUGCAGCGGAUAUACCCAACCCAACCCAAAGACAGUAUGGAGGAUGUCGCUGCUACUGAAGAGCACACAGAAGAGUCCAUGUUACUCCAAACCCAACUGGAGGAUGACAUUGAUGAUGAUGAUGAUGAUGAUCAGGACGUGGUAGUUCGUUCGCGAAUUGACCGUGGCGUGCGACAUCGUCGCCCAACAGCCAAGUUGAGAGAUGAUGGGGGAUGGAUGAGCGGUAGUCAAUAA